AUGGGGGCCAUACUGUUUAGGGAUUCCCGCUACAUAGAGGAAGACUUAAAGGUCUUCCAAGCGCUUGGCCAGGGCUGUGCUGCCUCCACCCUGAUCCCUGGAACUGCUGAAGCCUGCUGUUGUUGCUCAGGCUCUUCUGCCAUUUCUCUGCUGCUCCUUCUUGCUGUUGGCUUCCUGGAGGUCGGUUAUGGGAUGCCCCAAGGCUUCCUAGAGCAUCACUAUGGCAGCCACCUUUGCUCCUCCUCAGUUCCUCAUCGAAGCUCUGAAAUUCAACUGGCGAGGGGGGGUGAGUUUGAGUCAGACACGAAGUCCGACGGCCACGGCUCAGCGGAGGAUUCAAGGUCGGACUCCGCUAGAUCUAAGGUCAACUCCUACAAUGCGAAGGGCCCUUUGUUAGCCACCAGGAUCCCUUUCAUCCCUGCUACAGCCACCAACUCUGCCAUGUAUCUGAAUAAUAUCCUGCGCCUCAAUCCUCUAUUAUGUCCCAAGCAGACCGGAUCGAAAGCAGGAAGUGGUGUGGAAAUACUCUCGGAUCCGGUGACCUCGGGAAGGCCUACUCGUGAAUUGGUCGACCACCUGCUUCCUCAUUAUGACCUGCUCCAGCAGUGCCCCGUGUGUUUCCUUCCCACAUGCCAAUACGAUUCAGUGGGUGGCAGAAGCAACAGAGUGAGCCGCCAAGCAGACCUAAUAAUACAGCAGGCCUCUGGAACCAUCGUACAGAUUGUCCUCAACAACAAACAUAAGCAUGGACGAGUAUGUGUCUCCAAUGGAAAAACCUACUCACAUGGGGAAUCCUGGCAUCCCAACCUCCGGUCCUAUGGGAUCGUGGAGUGUGUCUUGUGCAUGUGCAACGUGACCAAGCAAGAGUGUAAAAAAAUCAACUGCCCAGAUCGAUAUCCCUGUAAGCAGCCAAAGAAGAUUGAAGGGAAGUGCUGUAAAGUUUGCAUGGAAGAAACUGAAAAUCAGAACCUUGACCACAAAGAUUAUUUUUGUGGCGAAGAAACCCUUCCUGUCUACGAAGCCGUUUAUGCAGAGGAUGGAGAAAUCAUCCGAAAGAUAGCAGUGAAGACAGAGAAGCCACCACAGGUAGAAAUCCACACGUGGACCAUUAGGAAAGGGGUCCUAAGUCAUUUUGAAAGAGAGAAACUGCCCAAGACUGAGUUCAACGAACUUCCUAACUUCAAGCAAAUCACAAGGACCACUCUGAGUCAGUGGAAAAUAUUCAGCGAGGGAGAAGCUCAGAUCAGCCACAUGUGCAGAAGCAGAGUGUGUCGGACUGAACUGGAGGAUUUGGUCAAAGUUUUGUAUCUCGAGAAGUCGGAAAAGGACCACUGUUAAGGGGGUGGGAGACCCAAAGGAAACCGGCGACGGCAUGGAUCUGCAGCUAGACGGCGGGCACCUUGGGCUCGUGCCGCCGGUGCCCUGAAAGCCAAACUUCUCACGCGUGUCAAUAUUCAUCUCGUGCCCAGCGCAACUUGCUGCUUUAUGCGUAGAUUUGUGCCCGCCCUGACGACGUCUCUUCAAAGGGCUCUGGGUCACCGGCAGAAGUGGACAGGAGGCCUUUAGCUUCACGUAGAGUUCCGUUGCUUUACAGAGUUGAACAUGGAUAAUUUGUGGCAAGCUGAACAGUACAGUGAAAGUUUCAUCCGCAAGCAGGCGCGGGGAAAGACCACAACUUUUAUACUGACGGAAAGUCUCAAAAGAACUCAUCUUGGUUUCCAAGCUGGGGAAGCAAACACAAGGUCAUAGGUGUUGGUGAGUCUGAAGAUGCAAAGCUAGACUGCAGACCAACUAGCACUUAAACCAGGGCCUACUGUAAUGGCGGAUACUAACGCAAACACGGCCAGAGUGUCAGACCCCGGGUCCGUAAAUCGUAGAAACCGUAGACUCGUUCUGUAAUCUUUAUUAGGCACCUGAAGUUGAGCAUCCGCAAAGACGUUUCUGAGAAGCUCACGCAAACACGCUGCCUAUAUCCCCUGACGCUCCUCAUCCCCGUAGCCAACCGGCUCUGCUCUUCCCUUAGAACAAAGCAACGGCAAAGCUGGGAACCGUUCACGCCUGAUAAGAGACUGAGUUUCCGGGCUCCAAGGCCACGCCAGCGGAGCCAGACACCUGCAGAGGAGAAAGACUCGCAGAUCUCUUACAAAAGUCCACCACCCCCAAAUCCCAAGCUCAGACCUGAGACAAAUUCAAAGCUCAGGCCUUUAGGACAGUGAUGGCGAACCUUUUCGAGACCCAAGUGCCCAAAUUGCAACCCAGAACCCACUUAUUUAUCGCAAAGGGCCAACACGGCAAUUUAACCUGAAUACUGAGGUUUUAG